AUGGACAUUUCCACUAGUUCGCACUGGUCGUUAGCAAAAUCCUUCGGCCCUCCCAUCGCUGUCGCUCUUGGUCUUGGACUCACAUAUCGGCAUCUACACAUGUGGCGCGGUUUCGUAGAAUGGUUCUACCGGCUGUUCGGCUCCUUCAUCAAUGGAAAGCAGAAAGAGCUCGAAAGCAGAAUAGCAGAACUCGAGGAUAGGCUUCGGAAAUCAGAGAAUGAAAAGAACGCGCUAAACGACGACUGUCCGAAAAAGACGAACGAGGAGAAUACGAAGCUCAAGCAAACGCUGAAGCAGGAACAAGAAUCCAAGACGAACGCAUAUCGGUCACUGGAGAAGGAGAAGAAAGAGGGCGAAAAGGCUCGGGGUGCUUACCAGCAAGAGGUCAACGCCCUCAAGGGGCAGCUGGACGUCAGGAAGGCAGAGGUGGCCGAGGCUAGAAACGAGCUACAACGCUCACAAUCGAAACUUGCUGAGGUCACUACCUUGCUGGAGACGCGCAGUCGGGAGUUGAAAGGCGCCCAAGUGUUCUUGACCACAGCUGACGCCGUCUCUGGGGCGGAGGUGAUUUCCCUCAUCGACGCUCUCAACGCCGAAAUCCUGCAGACGAGUGCAUUUAUCUCUGAUUCGUUCGACUUCGCUCGGAAGCCAGAACAUGCUGACGAGAUUAAGGAAGGCUGCGCGAGAAUUAGUGACCUCAUGGGCCCCAGCAUGACACGUCUUCUCAGCACGGUACAGCACACAGCGGAUCCCCUCCUAGUGCAGAUCGCACUUCAAGGAGCAAUCGUAGAGUUCUCGCGCUGGAUUAUCAUGACUUGGGAUUUCGACGGUUUGCAAGCGGAGCAGCAGCUAUCAGAGAUCUACAACGACAUCAGGGGUACAGAGACUCAGGCAAUCAGUGGUCGAUGGCGCGCCUUGACCCGUACGCACGCUCAGAAAGUCGCAUUGCGAGAAGAUGACUUGCACUCCACGAUGGUAACGCACAUCAGUGAUACCCUUGUCGUCAUCAUGGUCGCGGCCGGGUGCACGAAGAACUACGAAGACACCUACCGUGAGUUCACGCAAAAGUUUGGUGAACGAGUGUCCAAUAUUGUUAAAAUGGCCGUACGCCUUAACAAGGUCAUCGGGGAGGAGGUGACAUCGGCUGACUUGUGGCCAACCCACGGUACAGCAGGUGAAAAGUUUGACGAUGACACUAUGGAGGACUUCGAGGGUCAAGGUGACCAAGCAGGGAAGCCUGUACUCUGCACGACGGCUUUGGGAUUGGCCAGGUCCGAGAGAGUCGCCGUCGGGGAUACGGCCGAGUUCAAAUAUACUACACUCAAGAAGCCGAAGGUUGCGCUAGAGUCUGUCGCUGAUGGUUUGGAACGGGAGGAAGCCAACUCUUGAUCUUCCAAACCGUCGCCCUCUUCGCAGGCUACAUAGGAUAUGGUAUUCUGCAUUUAUUUUAAUUGCACAUUCUAUAUGCUUGCAUUUUAUAUACUGUGUCCUUGAUUAAUAACUUACACGCAAUUUGCAUG